AUGUCCGAGACCGAGAACAAGCCGAUCGAGGAGGUCCAGCCUGAGGCCCCUGCCGCCGCUGAGACCAAGACCGAGGAGAAGCCCGCUGCUUUCUCCAGCUCGUCCGUCUUCUCCAUGUUCGGCGGUGGUGCCAAGAAGGAGAAGAAGGAGGAUGAGGAGCGCGGCGACAACUCUGGCAGCGCCAAGGCCCAGCGUGAUGCUGCUGCCGCUGCCGCUGCCGAGAAGGGCGAGGAGGAUGAGGCCCCCGAGUCUGAGGACGUUCACUUCGAGCCCGUCAUCCACCUUACCGAGAAGGUCGAGACCAAGACCAACGAAGAGUCCGAGGAGCAGGUCUUCAAGAUGCGCGCCAAGCUCUUCAAGUUCGUCAAGGAGUCCAGCGAGUGGAAGGAGCGCGGUACCGGUGACGUCCGUCUCCUCAAGCACCACGAGAACGGCAAGACCCGUCUCGUCAUGCGCCGCGACAAGACCCUCAAGGUCUGCGCCAACCACUACAUCGUUCCUGAGAUGAAGCUCUCCCCCAACGUUGGCUCCGACCGCAGCUGGGUGUGGAACGCCGCUGCCGAUGUUUCCGAGGGCGAGCCCGAGGCCGUCACCCUCGCCAUCCGCUUCGCUAACUCCGAUAACGCCAACGCUUUUAAGGAUGCCUUCAUCAAGGCCCAGAAGGAGAACGAGGCUCUCUUCAAGGCUGCCGAGGAGGCCGCUGAGAAGGAGGAGGCUGAGGAGGAUGCCGAGGAGGAGAAGGAUGAGUAG